AUGCAUACUAUGUUCUCAGGAACUUACCAUACAAACACUACAGUCAGCAGCAGUUUCCAAACAUCACGACCAACGGAAGGUAAGCCAGUCUGCAUUGUUUGAUAGCGUAAAGACAAAGAAGGAAACAACGUAAGGGGUGUUAAUAUUUACAUCACAAGUAAAUGGACAAUUUAUAUACACUGAUAGCUAAAAUGCCUUUUUAGCGAAAGGAAAGCAGAUGAUGACGAAAAGAGAACAUAUCAUUAGGUAUUCAGAAACCACAAGGCUUUUAAAGAUCAUGCGUCGAUUGAAAAACUGAAUAGGACAGGGGGAAAAUAUGACAUGGAGAUAAAUACGAAGAGACACAAGGAUAGGAAAUUCCUAUAAAGCGUUAUUACCAUCAAUUCAAACGGCACACCCUUCUUUCAAGUGGUUAGGCUAAACGUACAAAAGUAACCAGUUGCUAAACUUGAGCUGUAACAGUGGGUUGUGCCUUAAGUAAAAGUCCACUCCCAAUUCUUGACGGGGAAGCAGUGAAAUAUAUUCAGGUAACCGGAAGUUGUAUUAAGCUUUUGCAUCAUCUUUCGUGAACCCAAGAUGUUUAGCAAAUAAAGUUGUUGUUUUGUGCCAGCCAUGUAACCUGCUUCAAGCGAAAUACUUAGCUCGUAUGUUUCAGUAUCCAACAACCAAAAAGAUAUUAAAAAUACUACGGGCUGAUUACGAAUAAGACAUACACAUUAUUCAGAUAGUUACAGCACACGUACAACAGUCCUCACUAGCUUCGUAAUCUCACGAGUAACGGAAUGUAAGCCAGUCUGUUUUCUUUACAAAACGUUAUCAAGUUCGGUGCGCCGAUUAAAACAGAAAAAUAAGAAAUUGGAUAAAGAUGAUAUGGAGAUAAAUGCGUCAAGAUAAGUACAGGAAAUUAUCAUAAAGCUAUCUCACGUUAACUGCAUUCACUUUUUUCAGGCAGUUUCGAUACACGUACAACAGUCAGCAGUAGCUUAGUAACCUCACGACUAACGGAAGGUAGGUCCCCACAUCUGCAGUGCAUGAAGGAGUAAGACUGCGUCAAAUAGUGCCAACCUUGAAAAAUGUGUCUUCGCAAAGUCUUCCACAUACUUUGAAUCUAAAGAUUUACCCAUCCCUGAAAACAAUGGACCCGCAAACCCCUGGCGCUCUUAGCGAAGAAAGACUCUUCUUUUUCGAGCUUGAAAUUGGGUAGAAACCGGAUCUUUUGUAGCCACUUAAAUUGAAGGGAGAGAGCAGUCAACUGGCCAGGAGUACUACAUAACCAAUUCUGGGUAUUUCCAGUCUCUCGGAAACUGAUAUCUUGAUGUAGAAUGUCAUAUCAGUCACUUCAGUACUUGGAGCCAAAAACUCGGUGUAGAAAUUUUCAGUGAUUGUCUACACUUCAGCACCAGCUCAGUGUCAAACAGACAUUCAACAUCCACAUCUCCCAACCUGACUGUCACUAUCGGGCAGUUCCCCCAAUUACCUUAAAUUCAUCUCCCUUUCACAGAAUCUCUCGUCUAACCUUUCUAGCUAGGUGUUCUAAUAGAAACAGGGAAGUUUGCUAUUUUUUCAAUCCCUUACUCUUAUUGGCCAAUAUAGCUCUCCUGAUGCUUGUAGUACGUACUCUCACAAGUAUACCACAAGCAAUUAGAAAAAAAUCAAACAUGGAAAGGUGGUAAUGUGGAGAUAGAUACGAUGAGAUAAGUACAGAAAAUUUUCCAUGAUAAAGCUAUCUAAUGAAUCCUUUACACACUUUUUUCAGGUAGUUACGAUACACGUACAACAGCCUGCAGUAGCAUCCUAACUUCAAGUCUGACGGAUGGUAAGCCAGUCUGCUUUCUUUGCCGAGGAAAUCACGUUCGCUUGUAGUGACAAACGAUUCUACAAGUCUAGAAAGAAUUUUGGGCUUGAAAAGCUAAGUAAUGUGUUGUUUAUAAACCAACAAAGGUGUGGGUCUUCUUUAAAACUUUAUUUGAUAUGAAAAAAUCCCAAUGGACGAGACAUGUCUGAUUGGUUCGCAGAUAACUUCUGCUGUUUUCUGUCUUAUACCACUUUUCAAUUAGGCCUCAAGAUAAAUAACAGUAAUCUAUUUUCAGCUCUGGCCUGUUAUAUAUACCAUCUCUCUAUAUUCUGGCUUCUUUUGAGUUUUCCUGUUCAGGUGGCACCGCACCCGGCUAUUGAACGCCGCCAGCAACAAUCUAAGUCAGAGAAUCGUCAAUUUGGGACUCGUAAUGACGUCAUAAAAGAAAGAAUUGUCGUGUUAAACCCGCUGAGCAUACAUUGAUAAGUAGUAAGCAGGUUUUAUGAAGAAAACAAUUUUAAACCGUGUUUAAUUAAAUAGCCUUUAAACAUGUUUAAGCUUUGAUUUGAAUGGGGCUUAAAUAAGCGAAACAUCAUCUGCCGAAAUAUUUCUCAUUUCAGCUUCUUCUAACAUAAAUACUGUGAUGGAAACCCCUUCUAUCCUGAAAGUGACACACCCUAGCACAUUGGUCUCCAUGGUAAUAACUUCACCUUCAAACACAGAGUCGACUGUAGUUGCGACACCAUCUUACAAGGAGCCACAAAUGACGCCCGGUCUACGUCUGUCACGAAUGGAGAGAAAAAAGGCAGAAAUGAAAAAAGCAAAACAGGGGGUAACAAUUUCUAUACAAACGUCAGCUACGUACAAUAGCUGCCCACUUCGUCAUGAAGACGUUUUUUGUGUACAGACACGUUACCGAAACCAUCAUCGACUCAGGAUGGCGACAGACGAUUGUGUUUUCAGUUGUUUUUGCUGUUUUUGUUUUUAUUUAAUCAGUGCUGCUUUCUUCUUAUUUUUGUUUUCCCGUUAUUAUAUUCAUUUGUUGAACAUUUUAAUUAAUUUUUUGCCUUUAACUUUGUGGGAAAUGUUGAUCAUGCAGAUAAAGAUUAAUGUUGUUUGGCAGUUUAAGCCGUUGGCCUUGUUUAGUUCAUCAGUUUCAUUAGUCAAAUCUAAGCGAGCGUAAGAGAGCCCACACUACUGUUUGAAAUGAGUAGGGGAAGUUCCCCGGUGUUGUGGUCUACCUUUCUUGUAUCAUUCAUAUCAUGGAGAAAUGUAGGGAUACAGUGAGCUCAUAUAUGGACUGAUAGCGGCUGCGAGUUGCGCCCUUGUGUCCUUCCGUCCGAGCUGCUUAGGGUGGGUCUUGUUGUCCUUUAUUCCAUACUUCCCAUUCAUUCCACAUUCUGUUACACGGCACCACAAAAAAAGGUAUUUAAUAUUUGUGAUAUACAUACCAUUAUGUGUACAUAAGUCAUCUCUUUCUUUUUUUUUUCUUCACGGGCGUUAAACUAAUCAAUUUUCUUAUUCCUUUGCUGGUCAUUUUGCUCCUAUUUAUCCUGAUUAUUGGUUUAGUCCUCUGUUGCAAGAGGUGAGUUUUUUUAGUCAUUUCACCUUGUGCCAUCCAUGAUAUUACUUGAAGAGGUAGCCGCGGUAACAGCCAGCAAGUCAGUGAAGAGAACUUAGCCACGGUUACAGCCGGCAAGUCAGUUGGAAUCAGUAAUAAUAGUGUACAGUCUCAGUACCGUGGGUCCCGUUUUUCGGACGUCCCAGUAUUAAAACUGGCUAACGGAGCCGGAAAGCUGUUUUGUGUCUUUCACCUUUGCACUCCAGUUGGAGGUUGGCAGAGUUUUGAAAGUAGUACGAUGAAGCCAGACAGCACCACUAAUCUUUAGAUUUUGAUACCAAAAUAGCUAUAGUUUAGAGCCCGAAGAGUUACGGGGACUUUCAGUGCUGCACAAAUACCAAUGAAAUGAAAAAAAUCGAGUAGUCCAUAGCGUUUAAUUAGCGUGACCUAUACCCCUGAAGUACAGUCGAACCUCUCUACAACGGUCACCUUGGAGACUGAAGAAAGUGGCCCCUGUAGAGAGGUAAAAUUUAAACAAGAGUCAAUGUAUGGAUUUUCUGUCCGCCGGGACGAAAAAAAGAGGCCGUUAGAAGAGGUUCUACUGUAUCAGUGAGCAAAAGAGCAAGAAAAGGAGAAACUGUUAGGUGGCAUUUAAAAGUAAUAAAUAUUCCUUUGCUUUCAGUCAUUUAGCUACCUGGUAAGUCAUGUCAAAAUAGGGCGCUGAUAUGGAGAUAUCUGCCCAGCAUGUGUCGUGACUGUUUAGCUGUUAUGUAGCUGCCUGGAGAGGCUUUAAGCCCCGUGCAAACGGACGCAACAUUGUUGGCCAACAACUCCCAGCAUUGCUGGAUGUUGACAUGUUGCGUCCGUUUGCACACCCUGUUGCAUGUUGUUGGAUGUUGUUGGGAGUUGUUGCGCCAAGUUCGUAACCGAUCAAACUUUUCAGCCAACAACUCCCAACAUUUCUUUUGUUCCGUGAUCGCCGAAGAGUAGCGCAACAAUGUUGAAUCCGUUUGCACAGCUCCUCCAACAUUGUUGGGGUCACGCACGCUCAUUACGCAUGGAUUACAAAGACUUAUGGGUUGUAUUCUUCCCACGAUGCACUGCAGGUCCCAACAUUGUUGGGAGUUGUUGCAUCCGUUUGCACACCACUGCCAACACGCACGCAACAACUCCCAACAUUGUUGGCGCAACCGUGAAGUUGGGAGUUGUUGCGCCCGUUUGCACGCAGCCUAACUACUCAAAGGAAGUUUCUCAGUUUAUCAUUUUCAAACUCAAAGGAGUAUGAAUCCAAAAUGAAAUCUAAAAUAAAGUGAAACAUAAAUUGACAUUUACUAAACAAUCACGGUUUAUAUGAGGUGCUCGGUUUUCGACCAGUAAGCAGUAGCAAAGAGAUUAAACUAGCGCUCACGUCCUCGCCUCAUGGGCAAAGUAGUGGACUGUUGAUUCAUAGUUUUAUUAUGAAUUAAAGCCCCGUAUUGUUUUUGUUAUAUGUGUUUUAGCUUUACUAUACAUCUUUCAUAAAAAGCAUCGUUUGGGGGAUUAACUAACCAAUAGAAACAUCCGAUAAAUUAGUUAAAACGCAAAUUGUGAUUGUAUGCACGAUCAAGAAGUUUCCAAUAUACAGCGCAACACAGUCGAUUUCAUCUUAAUUUUUUUAGCUACUUCACCCGCGUCUUCUACUUCUGCAUGUGAAUGAUAUGUUGAAUACAAAGUACAGAGUUUUCGUCCGUUUAAACAACUACGUUACAGUCUGCCAUAUUGGAUAAAAAGCUGUUUUUAAAGAAGCGAAGUAAUAUUCCAGAAACUCGGCAACAUUCAAUUCCACAUCUGAAUACAAUGCCAUAUUUAACUGUUGUAGUCAGAUAAAAUAGGAACUGUGAACUUAGACGUUUGAACCCCCAGCUUAUGCCUUUCUUGUUCCUCAUAGGAGGAAUAAAAGGAAACUGGAAAUAGCAAACGACGGCGAUGAAAAAGUAAGUAAAUAUUCCACUCCGAGUGAUUUCAGUCGCGCGCCUACAUGUGAAAAGACUUCAUUCCCUGGUCAUGAUGUAUUUCCUUCGCGUCUUCAUUUUCCUAGUUGUUUAGCUGUUGUGUAAUCGAUGACUUCAGGGGCACCCAACGACUGUCUUCUGUAAAAUAUCUGUUAGGAGAAACAAAAAUUGCCUAGAAUUUUCUAUAGCUUGAGGAAGGCUACAAAUUUCUAGAUGACCGUUUCAUUCAUGUAAAAUUUUCGUAACAUAUCUAAUGAAUUCCCUACGAAUUUCUAGAGUUUAAUUUUUCACAUUUCAGUACCCAAGUUUGCCUAUUUUUCGUUGGGAAAGGAAACCUAAAAUUUUCGGAUUCAAACAGGCGAUGGAGCGAGGUAUCAGAAAAAUUCUUGCUUUCGUAAAACUUUAAAUUGUAACCUAAAUUUUCGGGAAAAUAAUACGGAGGCCCUUGUAAUUUCGAAAAGACUCAAGUUGCCCUAGUACGACCGAACAGGUACAAAUUUUAUAGCGUUUCUUAGAAUGCAUUUCUAGAGAUCUGCAAGUACUCUCGAUAGCCUAAAAAGUGUUUACAAUGCAUUUAGGAGGAAACAGUCGUCGGGUGCCCCUGUGACAUUGAGAGAGGCUUUACUUUCCAAAGGCAUUUUUUUUAUUAAUUGCAAAGUUAACGGAGCAUGAAUUUACAAUGAGGUCUAGAAUGAAUUUAAAAAUACAUUUACAUUUGCAAAGUCAGGGGACAGCAAUAGAGUGUUUUGACUUGGUUCACGUAACUUGUAAUAUCCAUGCUGUAGUUGGAUACGAUGUUAAUGCACAUUUCUCUGGAUGUAACCAGAAAAUAAGGUGUUGUGCUUCAAGAACACAAUAGAAACAGCCUGCUUUAUCUCAUAUUGCAGAAAAACAUAUUUCGUUAAACAAAAAAGAUUGUCAAUGUUUAGCUCGAUGUAUGGAUGAGAAAAAAAGUUAUAUCUUUAAUCUCAGAAGCGUGAAAUAAAAUUCAAACUCGUGAUAACCCAGAAUACUAUUUGAGCGCGCUGCGGAGGCACUUAUGGUAAAAAUAUACGCGCGUAAAACUAGCAACUAGUAGAGUAGACGGCCUAAUGGUAUUCUGGGAUGCCGUAUAUUCGAAUUUAGUCGCAAACUCAUAGUUUUCGUUACUCAUGCACUUUACAAAUAUAUACUUUACUUGACCAAGUAUGACUGGUCAGUUGUAGCGAAUAGCUUGAUAAACAAAGGAAUAGCGAAAACUAGACAAAUUAUAUGUAAUUCUUCAGGGGACAAUAACCGAGGUUCCGGCGAUGUAUUAAAAUUUUAACAAGACUCCGAGGCUUUCUGGUCAUUUUUCCUAAAUUUGGUUUUUCUUUGUGCUCACGUCUCUACCGGGAAUUGCGAGAUAAUGGAGUCUUGAACAAUUUACAUUUUUGACCCUAAGGGCUCGGAGUCAUGUUUAGAAUUAAUUUUAGUAUAUCGAACUAUUAAGCGGGCUCUGAUCCCAGGCUGGCAAAAUACACCCUUCUUGCUCUCUUGGGUAUCCAAUCAGAAUACAGGAUUCUCUAUUCAUCUCAAGGAACUAGCCAUACAUUAUAAAAGAUCUAUCUCGCAGUUUGGGUCUAUGUUAUAUUUUGAUCCACUUCAUAUUGAAUAAGAGUAAUCAAUCUCUGAGUGAGAGCAAGACUUAAAAGUAAAGUACUUUACGCAUCUAAUUUAUGUUGAAAUGAUGUAUUACUAGGACGGAAAUAAUCUGGCUGUAAUGGGCGACCAAAAAGCUAUUGAUGUAAGUAUUGCAGCUAGUUAAGUCAGUAAACAAUUCUUGCAAGGACCACUUGGUCAAACAGCAACAAGGGAAAGCCGGAUCUUGCUGUAGAUCAGGAUCAGAAAUACAAAAUAACAUUAACAUUAGUAAUUAAACAAAUUUAUUUGCUCAAUAUUUCGACUAGACAAAACUAGUCUUCAAGCUAAGUGAGAAUAGAAUAAACGGUUACAUCAUUUAGAGUAAUACAAAUAUAAAAAUAAAACGUGACUUGUGGAGAAAUACAGUACAAUAGACUAAAACUUGCAAGACUCUCGUAUUCCGCGGAAAAUUUAACCUUUACCUGAGUAACAACCACGCCGCAUAGACUGUAGUUCAGCUAGCUAUGUUCACACGGCAGAGGACAAAUUUUUGACGGGUUGAAAAUUCGUGUUGUGUUCCGUUCACAUGGAACUACCUUAACUGUACGAACAUCUAAGCGCCUAGCCGUUCAAAGUUCCGUGUGAACAAAGUGUCGUGUAAAAUUUUUCUGCGGCUCCAAAAUUCUUCCGCAGGUGCCGUGUGAAGGUAGCCUCAAUAAACAGCUAGACGUCAACAUCACACUAGCUUAGAAUCUAAACCAUUUUAAAUAUCUUUACUUUUCUCUUGUAUUUGCAGCUAUGCAUGUGUAAUGAAAUUUCCAAGCAUCCAAGGCAAAGACACGGGACAUGAUUGAUAAGCAUUUUACAUAGCUUUUUUGUUUAAUCGUUAAUGUUUAGUCUGAUAAGCUUGCAAACGCUGGGUGCAUGUUUGUUAGGGUAGCCGCAACAGCUGAUAUAUACAGUCAAACCUCUUUAAUACGGACACCAAAGGGACAGAACCAAUUGUCCGCUUUACAGAGGUGUCCGAAUUAUAGAGGUAGGGAAUGUAUGAUUUUUGGCAUUUCUGGGAUCAAACGAACUGAUCGUAAUAGAGAGAUGUCCGUAUUAUAGAGGUGUCUUUAUGGAGAGGUCAGACUGUAUAUUUACCAGACUGGUGUUUGGAGAAUCCGAGACAGGUUUGCAUAAUUUUGGAGAGUUUUCCCAAUCUCCGUCAAGUGUUAAUUGGUUUUGUGGCUAUUUUAUGGCUAUUUUAUGGAUAUGUAACUAUUUUUUACUGCCACUGAUUAAAGGAGAAAUUCUUACUAAUGGUAAAGUUUUGUAAAAGUCAUACGCGCAAUCAGUUCUUGUUUCAUCAGCAAAAAAGAUGCCAUCAAAAUACUACUAGUAAUAACUUUGUUACAGUAUGUAAAGGUUCUUUGAGUUUCAAACCUCGGAGAAAUGGGAAAAAUAAUGAAAGCUUAUAGAGGUUUUAGUGUAGCUGCAAAACUAUGGUGAUGCCACAACUGUGUUUGCUUACUCUAUCUCAGUUUAAAUUUCAUAAAUAGUUUUUUUUUUCGAAGCUCAGGUCAAUCUCCCUCUUUUUACUUUUCUUAGUACACAUUUGUAUCUCAUUGCUCAGGAAUUUUUCAGUAACACCGAGUCAUGACUUCGAUAUUAUGAAACAACUAUGUUAAUGUUCAAGUGAACAGCAUGAAAAUUAGAGGUUUAAAUUUGUUUGGCUUGAAAAGCAAUUAUAAUGUUUUCACAUCUAGGACAUUUAUAAAUUCAUCAAUAGCUUGAGAUGAUUUCUCAUAACUCACAGACGGUUGAAAUAAAGGAAACAGCAGUUUGAACUGACGAACUCGGUUUAAAUACGUUUUAUGAACCCAAACGUACGCGUUAUAUUAAGAAGAAGGUGCAGAAUUAACAAGGUUGACCUUUCUAUGACUGAACAAAAAAUAAUAAUUUUCACACCAAGGAAAAAUGAAUAGGUGGCAGUCUAAAGAAGAAAUUCCUCAUUUUUAGUCAAAGCUCAAGACCUACUUUUUUAAAUAUCGCUUUCAAGAAUUAACUUUCAUCAAAAUUUUAUUUCCUUUUUUUUAUUUUUUACAAUCGUGUGAGCAUUGUGUAAAGCGCUUAGAGCUGCUAUAUAUGCGCUAUACAAAUGUUUAUUAUUAUUACUAUUAUUAGCAUUAGUAUUUUUUCACUGUUCUUUUUCUUCUAAUGGAUUCAUGACAAUAUAUUUCAGCUCGCUUUGAUCUUCGUGACAAAUUACAGUACCAAAGUAACGUUAUUUCCCUAUGAUGUAAUUUUGGUUCUUAAAUUAGCUUUUGCAACAUUGUAUGUACCUGUAUGGUCAUGCAAAUAAAGCUCGUUGUUGUUCUUGAACUUUUGAGUGUCUGGCGCUUCUCACUCGCUUAAAAGACCCAAAAACAAAAUAACAAAAGUCGACCCUUGACUUGGUACCCUCUUCCCUCGACGUGACAGGCCAAGUGGGCGGUACACUUUAUUUUUUGUUUUAUGUGUUUUGUGUGCAAAUAUAGUUCAGAAAAGACAAUCAGUUCAGUGACCACACAACAGUUCAAUAACCACGCCAGUAGUUCACUGACCUCAACAGUAGUUCACCGAGAGUAGACUACAUGUAGCUGCGGGGGAAAUAGCCACAAAUACGUCAGGAGUCAGCUCCUGAGUAAGUUAGAUAUUUUAAACAUAAAUGUGAAGCAUUAACUAAGUGGUAAAUGCCCAUUCAGCGAUAACACAAAAACCAAAUUGAGAAAAAGCUGUAGCACAAUAGCCUGCGUGGCAGAGGCAAAAAGAGGAGGGGGAGGGAGAAAAGCGCGGCGUUUUUGUAUUCCGCCCACCAUUUUCUCAACUUAUCCGAUAAUGUCAGCUGUCAAUACAUGAUCAAUCAAAAGUAGGUGUCAUCUCAGCAUGGUCCGAAGUUAGGGACGGACCAUUAGAAAAGUUAUGGGGGGGAGGGGAAUUUUCGAGCCGCAGGAAUUUUUUUCGUUAUCAAAUUCCUUGUAUGAAUUUUUUUCAGGCCAUAGCAUGAAUAUUUUUUAGGAUUAAUUGGCGUGUAUGAAUUUUUUUUUCAUUUAAUUUUCCCUUGCGCGAAUAUUUUUUUUGUACUUCGCCCCCCCCCCCCCCGCCCAUAAAAUGGUCCGUCCCUUAAUGACUUUGCUUUAAUACCGGAAAUUGUCAAGUCGAGACGCUUUUUUCAAAUGAUAUCGUAAUCGAGCGACAUAAAACAACUUUACUGUUCUUUCUCCUGCAACAAACACGACAAACAUAGACUACAAUGAAAACAAUGAUCAGUUUCGUGUGAAUACACAAAAUCUUUGUUCUUACCUCAUCAAACACAAUGGUUACAACGGAACAGACCAGUCGCCAGCCUGACACCCGAAUAAUGAAAGGAGAAACAAUUGUCAAAAAGUUCAACUGAUAGCUUUUACCAAAGCUUUAGCUCUCUCUUUAUAAAUCAUUUAGAACAAGUUCAUUCACGAUUGUAUAUGUUUUUGCGGAAAAGGCCGGUCUUGUGAAUGUCGGCAUUGCAGAUGUCUGGCAAGAAUCGUAAUCGCCUUGAAUCGCCGCCUGGUGUUUGGACAAAUCCAGUAUACAAAACCUCCUGAGUAUCUCUGCCUGCUAAACAAGCUAUUACAGUUGGUUCUAGUUCGGGUUUUAACGUGAAGUUGCUACAUGAUUGGAGUAAUUUUGAUCUUCCAAAGCGUAUGGCAGAAAAACACAUUUGCUUGAUGCUUGCAUCAUGUUUGUGUUACUCAUUACGGCUCAGCCAAUCAGGAAUUUGUGGGACGCUCGGCGUCCGCAGAAAUGAACAAAAAGGGUUCUUAUAGCAGCCGUCCCUUACCCGCUCUCCCCAAUCCCUCAAUCCCUCUCCCUUCCCUUCCUAUCCCCUCUCGACGCUUGCUACGCAGGCUAUGGCACAAUGUUAUUUAUUUCUAGUGAGCUCACUAAAGUAAACACGGAAAUAGACUAAUGUAAUUUAAAAGUUUUAGCCUGCUCAGAAGGUCUGUUAUUCUCACCAGGGGCACAGUGAACAGACCUGGAGAAGGAGAGUCAGCGCUGAAAAGGAAAGUUAACACGGUCCGGAGAAAGCCUCUUACACUAAAUAACCCGACAAAGCGCUCGAUGGGAAAGCAGAAAACAUAACGGUUAACGGUGGAUGAAACCUUGUUUUUUGACUUCGUUUCCACACAUUUCAAACUGUGGUACCACAGCUGGCCCUAAGUGCCUGAGUCGACCAACAUCAAUCCAUGUUUAAUAAAUAGAUAUUCUUUACUGCAUAAGUCUGAACUUCCAACUUUCAUGGCUGUUUAAAACUUGAAAAUCAGCUGUUCUGUUUCCUUACCAUAUUUCAAAGGUCUUACGAUGCGAUAACGUCCUUGUGCGUAAGAGAUUAAGGCAGUUUCAGGCGAUGCUGUUAAUUCCAUUUUACGCGCGGUCUCUGACUCUCGUUCCUUAUUCUUCCGUUGAUUCUUUGCCCCGAAACCGCACGGAAACGCUUGUUUGCAGGCUACCUCGAUCCUCGACCUGGAACCUUCGCCCUCGACAUUAAACCCUCGACCCUCGACCCUCGCAGCAAAAAAAUAGACUCCGCACCUCUAUUCAAUAUCUGACAACUUGCUGUCAAAAAGUGUAAAAACAAGUGUUUCAUUCACUUUGCGUAUACACCGGUGUUUUAGAACUUUUUUUCCUCGUUCGGAAUCGUUGUUACCUAUUUUGAAAAAUGGGGAUCAGAAUCUUUAAACCGGGCCUUUAAAAUACUGUUUUGAAACGGUAAUUGCCUACUCACUUACUUUUUGCCAACGGGAAAGUCGCUAGCUCAAGCUAGUGACCGACAGUUUGAUAAGUCAAUAAUUAGUUGUCUCGCAUUAGAACAGUUUAUAGUAUAAGGUUCUUGUCUCAUUGAAAUAUCUAGUGAAGUGCCGGUGCCGGCUCGAGCUGCAUUUUUAACCACUACACUUUAUUUUUGAACUUUUAAGUGAAAUAUUUAUUAAGUUUAGUGUAUCAUAUUCACUAAAACUACAUGUAUUCCCAUUCAGCUCAGACCCAGUGGAGCUUCAAACUAUUGUCUCUUGCCUGAUGAAUAACGUCUGCGAAGAAGAGCCGAUAUCCAUGUUCUGGGCCCCCGAUGGACUCAACGAAUUAAAAGAACAGCGUUUCGAAUUUCCUUUCAUCUUGAUUGGCAAAUCGACAAUGGAAUUGUUAAUAGGCCAAUCGUGGCGCGUUGUCAAACCCUGGUACACUGGUGGGGGCCCAGAACAUUAGGAUUUUAUCGCCGUUUCGCACCAAGCUAAGUUUGUUUUCGUCUGCUAGGAUCAUUGA